AUGGACAAUCGAGAGAGCCCCAAGAGGGAAGACGCAGCUGGUCUGCCGUCGGAAGAAACAACUACUGACUUGCAAGGACACCAAGGACAACAGCAACAAGAACAAGAACAAGCUCAUAAAAACGGGAGAAAGAUGGAGAAAGUCAGAUCGGGUAACAACGGCGAUUCCAUUGGAAGUCCGCAGCCUCGGUCGGAACUGCUGCUGAAUUUUACAUCCCCAGAAAAUGAACAUUUGGACUCGGUGAGGGAAGCCGAAGAUACAUUUGCAACAGCAAACGAGGCAACGGUUCUAAAUGACACAGACUAUAGUGUCACCAGCCCUUCUUUCCAGCCGGAGAAGCAGCAAAGUGCAGAUAAAGGCUCGGGUUCAGCGUCAGCUUCAGAAGACGAAAAUGACGACGAUGACGAAACAGAGCCACCGAAACUCAAAUACUCUCGAAUAACGCAGCUCCCGCCCAAUUUCUUCACCAAGGACCCCGUGUCGAGUUGCACAUUCCUGGAAAACUACUUUAUAUUCGCUACGCACUCAGGCGUGAUCCACAUAUGUAAACCCAAUUUCGAGCUGGUGCGCACGUUCAAAGCACACCGCGCCUCGGUGUUGAGUGUGUUCACCGAUGGCACAUUCUUCGCGCUGGCGUCGAUGGACGGCACCGUGGUGAUUGGCUCGAUCCUCGAUGUCGACGAUAUCAUCGCUUACGACUUCCACCGCCCCGUGCAUGCCAUCAUCUUAUUGGAGAAUUAUGCUUCGAAACGCUCGUUUAUUACCGGAGGCAUGAGUGGCGAGAUUAUAUUUUCAACGAAAGGGUGGCUCGGUAAGAAAGCCGAUUAUGUCUAUUCCAAGGGCACUGGUGGCGCCAUUGUUGGACUAUAUAUCGUGGGCAAUGAUUUAAUUGUAUGGAUGAAUGACGAAGGCACGCAUUUUUUCCAAAUCAGUAAUCGGAAAAUUGUGAAAACAAUACCAAAGCCAAGCGACUCACCGCGAAGUGAUUUGUAUUGGCCGCGCGUGAUAUUUGAAGACCCCGAUCGUUUGGUUAUCGCGUGGAGCAACUACAUCUGGUCGUUGAAAAUAUCGCUCAAAUCGAAAGAUGACAUAAACAAGAAUGAAAAUGAAGCAGUUGCGCCAGCUUCGUCGGGGAUGAGUCGGAUUUUGCCUUCCACGGCGUCGAUUUCAUUUCGAGCCGUGCAGGAAAAAAAGAUUGAAAUUGAACACAUUUUCAAAUUGCAGGAGUUGAUUUGUGGCAUUGCGAGUUUCAAAGAUGACUUGUGGAUGAUUUUAGCUUAUGCGCCACCCACGAUUACCGAAGAUGAUGGAAAGACAAGUAGGCAGUUCCAUAAUCCCGAGCUCAAGUUGAUCAAUUCCAUGACGGGUGAAGUUGAAUUUGAGCAAGAGUUGGGCUUGAGAGACGUGACGAAUUUGGGACUCAAUGAUUUUAAAUUGGGCUCGCAUAUUGAACGAGUUCCAGUUUACUAUAUCAUCAGCGCCAAGGAUGGAGUUGUUGCUGAGGAAUACCAAUUGAACGACCGGUUGGAAUGGUACUUGUCAAGGGAAAACUACAUCAAGGCCUGGGAGUUGGGCCAACAUUUGGUGACGCUGCAGAAACGAUUGAGUUUUGGAAUCCAACACGUUGAUUCGCUUAUCAAGGAUGAUGAGUGGACCAAUGCUGCAAAUUUCCUAGUGGCGUUGCUCCCAUACCCUGAGAGAAAGAGACCUGGCUUGCAAGACAAAUUGAGCGUGUCGAGUAGUGAAGAGAAGGACAGGUGGAAAGAAGUGGAAGCGGAAGCCGAAGCCGAAGUUGACAUUGAAGCAGACGCAGUUGAGGUGAAAGAAGAAGAUGCAGCUUUUUAUGGCAAAGAGUAUGAGAAGGAAUGGGUUGAUCAAUGGACAACGUGGGCCAACAUUUUCAUCAGAAGCGGCCAUGUCGAGGAGUUGACUGAGGUGAUACCGAGGUCGGAGGAGCUUCCAAAGGCCAUUUUCACGGAGAUUUUAUUGUACUGGGUCGACAAGGACUCUUUGCGGACGCGAGUACUCGUGAACGAAUGGAGUACAGCGGUUUACGACGUUGACGCUGUCCAAACACGACUCAAGGACCGGUUGGCGCAGAAGCUGCAAGAUAUGGACUUGGAACGCUCACUAGUCACAGUUUACGACAAGUCAGGCCAGCAAGUCAAGGCCGUGGCACAUUUAGUCAAGUUGCAAGACCGGCAUAUUGUGGCGUACCUCCACCAAAACCAGAUCUUGUACAAAUUCAUUUCGCAAUUGCCUAAAUUUAUUGAACUUCAAGUCGGCGGGAAAGGGCAACUUGAAACGCUUCCCGUGUCGCAGCUUGAACUGGAGCUAUCGCAUACUAUAGACAUACUCGUUGAGCACCGGCUCGAAAUCUCGCCAAACGAGCUUGUUCGGCUUUUCCAGUACGCCAAUUUAUCGAUUGUCAAUUAUUUCUAUUUGCUCAAACUUGGCGCGGUUGAUUCCUUGCAGACACAAAAUUUCGGCAAUGAGUUGAUCAAGUUAUUUGCAGACUUCAAUAGGUCAUUGCUUUUACCGUAUCUCACCGAUAGCGACAACUACAACGUGGACAAGGCCAUUGAAAUAUGCCAAACGCGCGAGUUUUACUCGGAGUUGAUUUACCUAUUGGGCAAGAUUGGCGAGUACAAGCAGGCGAUAAACUUGGUGAUCCACAAAUUGGAAGACGCCAAGUUGGCCAUUGAAUUUGCUACACGGCUCCAGGACCAAGACACCUGGAAUACAGUUGUUGAAGAGGCCAUGUCGCGGCCUCGUUUUAUCCGGCAAUUGAUCGCGACGAGCGACGUUGAUGAGUCCAUCAACAGGUUUUACGACCCCGUCACCAUCCUCUGCAAGAUGGACGAGAUGAAUUUGUUGCUGGGCAAAGAUGCCAACCAGAGUGCCGCGUUGUUGAAACAGUCCAUCGUCGAGUUUGACUCUCGGAACCAGCUGAACAAGUUGAUCAACCAGAUCAUCUUGGCGAUGAUUGUCAAGCAGUCGCAAGAUAUCGCCAAGGUGUUGAAAGAUUCGUUAUUGCGUGGUGUUGCUGUUGAUUUUGAAGAUGAGGGAGAUCCAGGCGAGAAGCAGAAAUGGCACGACGCCCUCCAUAAUUUCGACCCGGUGGUCUUGUAA